CCCCCCCCCCGAUAUUGGCGAGAAUCGUCUCUCGGAUGGCACUGCGUCGGUGGUGGUGGUUGGGCACUCGGGCGACUGUACCUAUUUGCGGACGACGUAACGGAUAGCCGAUAACAGGUCGCGGCCACCUAUAAUAUAAGUACUGAGUGGUGAGCACUGCUGCACCUACGUGCGUACCCGCUGCAAUAGUGCAAUACGGCGGCGGCUGCCUCGCACUUUCUACGGAGGCAGUACUCUGCAGGACCAUGUCGUCUGCCGAUUGCACGCACUCCUCCACGACUGUUGCCGCAUCGCACCGUCACCGCCGACCGCGUACGUUUGUAGGGCAACGCCAACGGAUAUCGGAUGCGACCCGCCACCACCUGUGCGACACGGCCACGAUACUGUCCAUGUUACAAUAGAAAUAUUGACAAACAUAAAUAUCGUUACAGGUAUAUUGUAACUUACUCGGGCGGUCCGUCUUCGGCAAGCCUAAUCGAGUAUUGUGGUUUUCCAACAGUCGUCGCGAAACUGCGUGCAUCACGGACACUGCCCACGCGAUCUGCACAUCGCGUGGAUAGUCACAUAUUACAUUGCCAUGACUCCGACGCUUGUAGGAGACGUUAAAAAUUCUGCCGCCGAGGGAUUGCCAGCAAAGUUUGUUCUGUCCAUGAGAACACUGUUUGACAUUUUGGACGAUAAAAGAACUGGAUAUGUUAAAUUUUCUGAAAUUGAGACGCGAUGGCAAGAUGAUGGUACAAAAGGUUUGCCAAAAGGUGUAUUAGAUAGUCUUCGAAAAGUAACUCCACCUAAUGGUCUACUGUCUUUCGACCGUUUUUGUACGGGUUUAAAAAUGUGCCUACUUCGAAAUCAAAUGGAAAAUGGUCGUCGGGAUAAUGACUCUGUACGACCUCCAUCAGCUCCACUUUUGGAUAUAGAUAUUAAACCUAACGUACAAUGGACAAAUGGAAAUAUGGCUGCCAUUCGACCUACGCAGCAAAGAACUCUAAGUAUGCCACAAUUAGCUUUGGAGCGCAAUAGUAAGGAAGUUCACCAGUUACCACAAAAAUCCACAUCAUCGUCACUUUUUGGACCACCAAAACCCCCAAGAACUGCAGCAGGCUUAGAACGAGGCCUACAGCUUGCUUCUGGCGAACGCAUUAUCGAUAAGGCUGAAAUAAGAACAGCCUUGCAAAAUUGGCAGUUGGGAGUGUUAUUAAAUGAUCAGAGCAGUUCUAGAAGUGAAAAACAAUCUGGAGAACAAACGUAUAAAAGAAUUAAUCAACGACGAAGAGAACCGAGACGCCAUACCCUCCAAAGUGGUGUAGAUUAUAAUAUGCUGAAAAGAAUAAAGCAAAUAGAACAGGAAAAAGAAGUCCUCAUGCAUGGACUUCAAGCCGUGGAAAGGGCAAGAGACUGGUACCAUAAGCAGAUAUCUGCUGUUCAAGAAAAAAUGAAAUACCUUGGACGAACAAAUUCACAUACAGAUCAAUGGACUGAAGCACAACAGGAACGUAUUGAGUUACAACGGGCUAGAGUCUUGGAGGUCAAUAGACAUUUGUCCGCUUUAACUGAUGGCGGUGAACGAUGGGGUGGUCUACCAUUGCACAUGAACUUAGCUGUACAUUCAUCAAAUAAUCCUGGAACGAUGUUACAUCAAAAUCCUCAAGUAAUGGCUACAUUAAAACAUCGCAACCAUAUACUCACUGAGGAAUUAGGACAAAAAAGUGAAAGAAUAUCAACAUUAGAAAGAGAAAAGGCAACUCUUAUCAGAGAACUAUUCCAAACGCGAACCCAGAUGGGACGUAAAUUAGGGAGAUUAGAUAGUAAACCUGAUGGCCAGUCAUAUAUACCUUAAUAAUUGGAAUCUGUUACCAAGUGCAAUAAAAAGAUGCACUGUAAAGAACGGUGCUUGAAUAGAACAGAAAAAAGGAAAAAAAAACUUUAUUUUUGAGCUCAAUUUUAACAGGUACACAAUAUAUUAUUAUACUCUUUUUUCUGUGUUAGUACAAUACAAAUGGUAUUGUUAUGAUUGCCAGCCAUACCUCAAUUUUAUCCUUGUUAAAUGUUAUUUUUAAUUAGUCUAAACUCAACUUUUUCUCAUUUAAUGCAGAACAAUUUUUAAUAAAAUAUUGUUUUACAUUUUUAGUUAUAGUAAUAAUCAUGGUUUACAAUUAAGUACAGCUAUUUAAAUUUGUUUAGAGAGAAGUUUAGUGUAUUGUUAUUAAGUAUAUUAUGUAUUAAUUUUGUUUAUAAUAAAUAAUUUACUCAACUUGUUAACCCUUUCACUGCUCCAGACGUACUAUUACAUUUAAAACAUUUACACCAUACACUGCUCCAGAUGUACUAUUAGUUAUUACGUCUCUAUAUUUUUAAAUAUUCUCAUAUUCCGGUAACCAUACAAGUUUUGGAAAUCAUAGUUCUCGUUAUUUUAAACUUAAAUUAUUAAAUCAUAAAGAUCUCAAAAUUUAAAUUUAAAAAAAAACAAUAAAUAUUUUACUUUACGUAGCAUACACCGGUACAGUGGAUAGAGAGUGUAGCAGUGAAAGAGUUAAAUAUGUAAAACUGCCAUACAAGUGAAGCAGUUUUCAAAAUAAUUUUGACAUAAGUUUCCGUCCACCUCUCUGUGAUGCCAAUAUUAUUCUGAUUUUAAACUGGACGUUUUUAAGAGUAAUAAUUGUUGCUAAAUUUUUAAUAUUUAAUAAAAUAAGAUAACCUUAAAUUUGUUUAAAUAAUUUUGUGCCAUAAAUAUUUAAUGUACAAUAUUGAGUAACCUAAUGUAAAAUAUAUAUUUAUAUUAUUAUUAUAUUUUUGGGAUAUGGCAAUUAUUAUGUUAUUACUUAUUUAAAAAUAGAUAAUAUUUUACAAUAAUAUGUUGAUUUAUUUUUUCUAAAUUUUAUAUAUUAUAUGUUUUUAAUUUAUGAACAUUGUUAAAUUUAUAUUUUUGUAAAAAUAAAAAAUAAUUAAAUUGUCGAAUUAUAGG